AGUCUCAAAUUAUGAGUUCCAUUAUUUUCUCUUUAAUACAUACCUACCUACAUACCUUUGAGAAAGUCACACAAAUUGAACGUAGCUAGUUGGCAAAAUAAUAAUAAUGGAGGUGCUAAGGGUGCAAAGGGUGGCAUCAGAAUCCAAAGAUGCUUCCAUUCCAGCCAUGUUCGUUAGGUCUGAGACAGAGCAACCAGGAAUCACAACAGUUCAAGGCGUGAACCUUGAGGUACCUGUCAUUGAUUUCAGUAACCCUAACGAAGAGAAAGUUCUCAGGGAGGUUUAUGAGGCCAGUAAGGACUGGGGCAUGUUCCAAAUCGUCAACCAUGAGAUACCAAGUCAACUCAUAAGCAACUUGCAAGGUGUGGGGAAAGAGUUCUUCGAGUUACCACAAGAGGAGAAGGAGGUGUAUGCGAAGAUAGAAGGAUCUGAGUCAUUGGAAGGUUAUGGGACAAAGCUUUCGAAGGAGAUGAAUGGAAAGAAGGGUUGGGUGGACCAUUUGUUCCAUGUUAUAUGGCCACCUUCAUCAAUUAACUACCGUUUCUGGCCUAAAAACCCUCCUUCCUACAGGGAGGUGAAUGAAGAAUACAGCAAGCACCUACGUGGAGUGGUAGAGAAGCUGAUGAAGAGUAUGUCAAUAGGGUUAGGGCUUGAAGAGAAUGAGUUAAAGGAGUAUGCUGGUGGAGAUGACAUGAUUCACCUUUUGAAGAUCAACUAUUACCCACCAUGCCCAUGCCCUGAUCUUGUUCUUGGUGUGCCACAGCACACAGACAUGUCCUACAUUACCAUUCUUGUCCCCAACGAGGUUCAAGGCCUUCAAGCCUUUAGAGAUGGACAUUGGUACGAUGUUAAGUAUGUGCCUAAUGCCUUGGUUAUUCACAUUGGUGACCAAAUGGAGAUCCUUAGCAAUGGGAAGUACAAGGCAGUACUACAUAGAACAACAGUGAAGGAAAACGAGACAAGAAUGUCGUGGCCAGUGUUUAUAGAGCCCAAAGGAGAGCACGUAGUUGGUCCUCACCCAAAGUUGGUUAACGAAGAUAACCCUCCAAAAUACAAGACAAAGAAAUACAAAGAUUAUGCUUACUGCAAGCUUAAUAAGAUCCCUCAGUAAUAAUUAAACGUGUGAUGAUGAAUUCUUGCGCACCUAUCUUGCUGUCCACUAGCUACUACACUUGAUAUAAUAGAGUUAUUUGUUUCCACACUUGUUUAAUUUUGAUUUCACUUACUCGUGGUACGGAUCGUUUUAAUUUUAUGCUUAUUCAUAACAACUAUGUAUGCAUAUAUAUUGAACAACUCAAAAUAAAAUAGAAAUAAAUUAUUCAA